AUGCUGUUUUCAUGUCUCUGUCACUUUAAACAAAGGGAUCAAGGACCUUGGCAAUUGAGCGAGCUGGUGGCCGGGAAGUGAGGUGCUGCUGGUAUGGGGGCACCGGGCAUCGUGCAGCCGUAGCCCUGGCACCGAUGAUGGUCUCGCUGCAGCUGUGAUCCUCCCUCCUCCAUGCUGGGGAUGAACACAUACCAGCAUCCAUGCAUAUUUUAUAGAGGCAAGUUUACCAGCCUGGCAUAGCAGGACCCUGAGCCGGUGGAUGGCAGCAGCCCUCUCCCGGGUGGCAUUGUCAUUGGCUAUGCUCUGGCUGUGCCAGAAAUAAAUCAGCUGUGGGUGUAAUAGGACACGGAGAGCAGAGCAGGGAUUCACCCAGCAGGGAAUGGACUCCUCCUUGUGAUCUGCCUGCAUGUGAACACUAUCCUUAAUAACACUCCUGGAGAACACUGGGCAUGUGGGCACUGACUGGCACAAGAGUCCCAUUCGACUAAGGCCUGGAAUAGACUGUAAUUAAACAACGUGGAGAAUCUCAGGAAAACCAACCACUCCAGGACCAGGAGGGGGCAUUACUGGGGUCUGUUCUUACAGCUCCCAGGGAUGAAACUGAAGAAGCAGGUGACUGUGUGUGGAGCGGCCAUCUUUUGCGUGGCCGUCUUCUCUUUGUAUCUUAUGCUGGACAAAGUGCAACACGAUCCUCCCAGGAGACAGAACGGAGGCAACUUUCCCAGGAGUCAGAUUUCCGUCUUGCAGAAUCGGAUAGAACAACUUGAACAACUUUUGGAGGAGAACCAUGAAAUUAUCAGCCACAUUAAAGAUUCUGUUCUGGAGUUGACAGCAAAUGCUGAUGGACAACCCAUCCUGCUCCCAUAUCACACUCCUAAUGGAAGCUGGGUAAUUCCACCAGACCCACGGCCCAGCUUUUAUUCUAUUUCCCCCCAAGACUGCCAGUUUGCUGUGGGUAAUAAAGGGCAGAAGACCGAUUUACAGAUGCUGGAUAUCUACACACAGUUGCCUUUUGAUAAUGUCGAUGGAGGAGUAUGGAAACAAGGGUUUGACAUCACAUAUGACCCUACAGAAUGGGAAAAAGAACCUCUGCAGGUCUUUGUAGUGCCUCAUUCUCACAAUGAUCCCGGAUGGAUAAAAACAUUUGAUAAAUAUUACUAUGACCAGACUCAGCAUAUUUUAAACAACAUGGUAGUGAAGCUACAAGAAGACCCUCGUCGGAGAUUCAUCUGGUCAGAAAUCUCUUUCUUUUCAAAGUGGUGGGACAACAUCAAUUCUCAGAAGAGGGCAGCAGUUCGAAGGUUAGUUGCUAAUGGACAACUAGAAAUGACAACUGGUGGCUGGGUAAUGCCAGAUGAAGCCAACACUCAUUAUUUCGCUGUCAUUGACCAGAUGAUAGAAGGUCAUCAGUGGCUUAAGAAAAACUUAGGUGUCAUUCCAAGGUCAGGAUGGGCCGUGGAUCCAUUUGGGCACAGCUCCACCAUGCCAUACCUUUUAAAACUUUCUAAUAUAACCAGCAUGCUGAUCCAGCGGGUGCAUUAUUCUAUUAAAAAACAUUUUGCAGCCACUCAGAGCUUGGAGUUUAUGUGGAGACAGACAUGGGACCAAGAUUCCAACACUGAUAUCUUUUGCCACAUGAUGCCCUUUUACAGCUACGAUGUGCCUCACACAUGUGGCCCUGAUCCCAAAAUAUGCUGCCAGUUUGAUUUCAGGCGCUUGCCAGGAGGAAGAAUUAAUUGCCCAUGGAAGACACCGCCAAGAGCCAUCACUGAGUCUAAUGUGGCUGAACGGGCAAACCUCCUUCUGGAUCAAUAUAGGAAGAAAUCCAAACUGUACCGCAGUAAGGUUGUCCUUGUGCCCUUAGGUGAUGACUUCCGAUAUGAUAAAAUGCAAGAGUGGGAUGCCCAGUUUUUAAACUACCAGAAGCUUUUUGACUACAUGAACUCCCACCCAGAACUCCAUGUGAAAGCUCAGUUUGGAACUUUGUCAGAUUAUUUUGACACUCUAUAUAAGAAGAUGGGAGUAAAUCCUGGGAUGAGACCUCCUGAUUUUCCUGUGCUCUCUGGAGACUUCUUCUCUUAUGCUGACCGAGAGGAUCACUAUUGGACAGGAUACUAUACAUCAAGACCUUUUUACAAGAGCAUGGAUAGGGUGCUGGAGUCACACAUACGAGGGGCAGAAAUCCUAUACAGUCUGGCCAUAAAUCAUGCUAGAAGAGCUGGCCUGGAGAGUAAAUAUCCACUCUCUGAUUAUGCUUUGUUAACCGAUGCCAGACGCAAUCUUGGCCUGUUCCAACAUCACGAUGCCAUCACUGGCACAGCCAAGGAAGCAGUGGUUAUUGACUAUGGUGUACGGUUACUUCAUUCCUUGAUGAAUCUGAAACGCAUCUUAAUUAAUGCCGCUCACUACCUGGUCGUGGCCGACAAGGAGAAGUAUCACUAUGAUCACUCUGUGCCGUUCUUCAGCACGGAUGACAGCCGGUUAACCCAGGAAACUUUGCCAGAGAAAACCAUUAUUAAAUUAGGUACAUCUCCAAGAUAUGUUGUCGUUUUUAACCCUGUAGAGCAGAAUCGUUUGUGUGUAAUCUCAGUUUUGGUGAACACACCGCAUGUACGUGUACUCACAGAGGAAGGGCAACCAAUGGCAGUUCAACUUAGUCCAGUAUGGCAGACAUUGACGGACAUGAACACUGAUGUUUUCCAGGUGUCCUUCACUGCCCGGUUAGCAGCUCUCGGACUGAGCAUCUUUCAGCUCUAUAUGUCAUUUGAUGCACAUACCACCCUUAAAUCCAAUGUUCAUGUUUAUCUACAUGGAAGGGACCUAAACAUAAAGAAACAGGAGAUGUUCACUGUCAAGCUCUUGGAGACCAGCACGGAUGAUUUUUAUGUGGAAAAUCAAUACAUGCAGGUGUGGUUUUCUGGUGUCACAGGUCUAUUGAAGGGCAUUAAGCGAGCCGGAGAGGAGCAGGAACAGAAAGUCAGCAUGGAAUUUUUAAUCUAUGGAACUCGGACAUCUAAGGACAAAAGUGGAGCUUAUCUCUUCUUACCUGAUGGAGAUGCCAAGCUGUACACUCCUAAAGACCCCCCUGUGGUCCGCAUCAUCGAAGGUCCAUUCUAUUCAGAGGUGACUUGCCAUUUUCAACAUGUGCAGCAGACUAUGAGAGUAUACAAUUUACCAGGAACUGAUGGCCUUUCUGUAGAUAUCAGCUCUCUCGUUGACAUCCGUGAUCAUGUCAAUAAAGAAAUUGCCAUGAGACUUAGCACUGACAUCCAGAGCGGGGACACCUUCUUCACUGACCUCAACGGCUUUCAGAUCCAAACUAGAAAGUUUUUUAAAAAACUUCCCCUGCAGGCCAAUUUCUUCCCAAUGCCAGCGAUGGCAUACAUCCAGGAUGAGCAGAACAGAUUAACACUACACACAGCCCAAGCCCUGGGGGUAUCCAGCCUGAAGAAUGGCCAACUUGAGGUCAUUCUAGACCGACGAUUGAUGCAGGAUGACAACCGUGGUCUUGGUCAAGGGUUGAAAGACAACAAACGAACAUGCAACCGAUUUCGCCUUCUGCUGGAAAAAAGAUCAUCUGGAAAUAAGCUUUCCAGCUUCCUUUCUAAACUGCUUUCCUGGUUUAGAAAACUGGCUCUUUCCAUCAUGAAGACCGACAUCUAUGAGAGCCCAGGAAAUCAACCAGUCAGUUUUCCAUCACUCCUCAGUCACAUGACCUCUAUGCAUUUGAACCAUGAAGUCUUAGUGAUGCCCGUGACGAAUGAAAAAGGUGGAGGACCAGCACUUAGAUCCUUCAUGCCACUUUCUGCAACCCUGCCAUGUGAUAUUCACAUCCUUAAUCUGAGGACGCUGCAGGCUGAGGAUGAUGGAAUUCCUUCUCUUGACACUGCAUUGAUUUUACACAGAAAAGGAUUUGACUGUGGUCUGGAAGCAAAGAAUCUUGGGUUUAACUGCACCACAAGUCAAGGAAAGUUGUCACUUGGAGGUCUAUUCACGGGGCUGGAAGUAGGACUCAUGCAAGCUAUGUCCUUGACAUUGAUGUAUUCUCUAGCCCCCCAUUCAAACAGCAGCAACUCCACACUCAGCAUGGACCCAAUGGAAAUUUCAACUUAUUGUCUGCGGUUCAGCUAACAUCAACCCUGUGGGACAAAAGAUCCCAUUGCACAUAAGCCAAGGACUGGAGCUGGAUGGUUCAUCAACCAGUGUGUACUCUUUUCAAGGGCGACACGUUCUGUUCUGUAGCUUGGAGCACAUUCAGCACUGGAAAAGCCCACUGCGGCACUUGGGACAAACCAAAAUAAUCCGUUAAACCUAGUUAUUGCUAAGAGAGACGUGUUUCGGACUCUUUUAGCAGUCAAGGAGUUAAACAUCUAGAUUGUAUGUUACUGAGAGAGCAGAAGCUAUUUAUGAUAAACUUGCUUUUAAAAAAAAAAUGAAACUAUUUAUUUGUUGACUUUUUAAGCACAUCUCCCCAAAUCCGCCACAGUCUGACAGUCCUCAACGGAGUAUGAAAUUCAAAGCAAUGUCCCCUGUGCCAUCAAAUGCUGCAGGCAGGUCAAGAAUAUGUUUCCAAGAAUCCGACGGGGAAUUGCCUACUAGAUGGUAUAUUAAGCCUAGAAUAGGAAUUUUGUCUCAACCAUUGUCAGUAUUCUUCCAUAUGUUAUCUGUCUUUUUUUAUACUGUAGCACUGGGGAAAAACAUGUAUGGAAAAGAAGCACUGAGUAAAAUAUGGUAUAAAAGACAUGUGAAGUGAUGGCAAUAUCUUGUUUCUGCAACUGUGGUUCUAAAUACAGAUCCGAUACCAUCC